AUGAAAACAGCCAAAGAGGCUCCAGUGUCGCCCAAGCCCAGGAACUCGAAGCUACAGCUUCACGUGAGCCGGAGGACAUCAAGCCGGGAAACUAAAUGCGAAGAGAUAGAAUCGAAAUCAUCGAGCUCCAGCUAUGUGGGCACACGCAGAAGAGGCAGGCCCCCCAAACAGAAAAGGACUCUAUACGGAGAACUCACGGUCAACUGUCGCAAGUGCGGAACUGCCACGAUCUAUAAUCCGGCUCGCACCAAGUUCUUCUCAUGUGCGGAGAUAGAUGUUCGCUUGCUUAAGGUGAAGCGCAUCUCGGCCAGAAAGGUGCUGGGUGGUGCCUAUCGCAAGGAACCGAAGAAGCGGACUGCUUAUACUUGUAGGAAACCCAUUGUUCCUUAA